GGAAUGUGACAAAUGCUGGUCUUCCUUGGCCUGUUUACUCCUCCAACGUCGAUAUAAAGUCAUUCUCGGCCCGCCGCCGUCUACAAGACCGAUUGCACCAAGUCAAGCUACAAUCAAUCGACAAGUAAAUCUCGUCUUAACCCGGAAAACGUCUCCUCGCUGUUCCAAUUUCGACACCACAAUGUCAGAGAGUCCCACCACGCAGGCCCGAGGCCAAAGAGACCCCGGAAGCCCAACAAUCACCGGCAUUCCUUCUAUCCUAACAGUUCUCCGCGAACCCGAAUCUUUUUCCUCCAACGAGGACCGGCGAGCCCAACAAUACCGCCAGCAGUCCCCUGAAACUGCUUCCAAGCUAGCACGCGAGACCUUGAUAAGCAUGUGCAAGACCAUUGGCCUUGUUGGCGCCCAGCUUAACAACAGCACAAACGACUCCGACUUUCAGCUCAGGCAGCUCAUUCAUCUGGCACGCAACAUCACUAAACGGCUAGACGGCCAAGAAACCAAUGGAUAUCCAGGUCCCCCCCGCAUGGAAUGAUAGGGCGUUGUUUAAGGAGAUGAAACUUCAACAAAUUGACCAAAUUUAUUUAUUUUCUUCCUUCAGAGGAACCAUAGCAUACUGGAAAGACAAUGACCCAUGAGGCUUGUU